UUGAGUUAUCGCAUGGAAAGACACCUCUUGCCCAAAAAUAUCGACCACUACGAGAAAACAUUCCAUCUUUGCCCGUCUCUGGACCGGGAAGAUUCAUGUCACAUAGAUGGGGUGUAUGUACGUACGUCACUCUGCAUAGGUGGUUGGCGUGUGUCAUGUUUCUCACAAGUCCCCCCACGACUGCUGAGCCUGCUGCAUGCCUCUACGUGGGUGGUCGUCCCCUGAAAAUCUGGGUAGAUAAUCAGACCGCUUUGCCUGCAGGGAAAGCAAUAUUGUCUAUGCAGAAUCCUAUGCAGAGUAAGCGUGUUUGUCAUAGAUACUGACCCUUCUAGAAUGCGGAGUGCAUUCAACAGAUCUAAGGGUUCAAUUAACUGACCCCCCUUUCCCUCUUCUCGUACGAUACAUCCGUAGGUGAUGAAGUAUCCUUGGGUUGGGUACCUAGG